AUGGGUGCAUGCUGCGGAAAACAAACAAUGAUCAUUGUCAACUUCAAAGGCCAAACAGCACAGAUCACUAACAUUACUUCCUUAGAAAUGAUCAUCCAAAAAUGUAAAACCAUGUUCAAAGAAGCUGGAAAAGGCUCAUAUUUUCUUUUCCUAAAUACAAAGAAAUUAACUUCAGACAAUGAGCUCGUCCAAGCCUGCAGGUCUUCAAGUAAAGUCACUUUAAACUUCGUCAAAGAAGAAGUCCUUACAAUAACCAGCUCUGACCCUCUUUUUUCGCUCUCACAAAACGUUUGUCGUAUAAUUCGAGGCGAUAUCUAUUUUUCAUCAAUUCUUCUGACCCCUGAGUAUGUUUUGGUAUCAAAAAUCGUUUGUCCUGAUAAGUCUGUCAUACCUUCACUUCAAGUGGUGAUUCCAGGGAUCAAAAACCCUCAAAAAUUCAAUGAAAAAAUUUAUGCCGCAAUAGUGGACGAAGCCGUCAUAUUGAAACUUGAGCUUGAAGCAAACGAUGCAGAGGCGCUUAGAAAAAGAAGCAGAAUUAGGCUUAAUGAAGAUGAUAUUGGAAAAAAUGAAGAAAUCAAUGUUUUGUUUAUUGGAAAGGAAGGUGUAAUAGAUAAAAACAAGACAAAUGCAAUUCCAUUUGAUCAAUUUCAUUUUCAACUCCCUAUUGCUAUGAAUAAAGAGGCUCAAGGAGGUUUGGUAUGUGGGAAAAAAGGGAUUAUGAAAGGAGUUAUUCUGGAAAAUCAAGGAGGAAAAGGAACUUGCUUGUCUUGCAAAGCUAUUAGUGACGUGCUUCAGAAACUUGCAAGAGAAGGAAAAUCGAGAGAAAAAAAAGUCUCCAAAGAACUAUGCAAUUAUUUCAAUAUUCAAUUUGAAGAGGAAGAGCAAGAGCAAGAGGAAGUUGAAGUUGAAGUAGAGCCACCAAAAGGAGUUGUCACAGUGAGAGUUGAAGAAAGGGAAGAAAUCAACGAAGGAUUUGAUGACUUGCAAAUGGUAACUGCCUCUGUGUGAGUGAAAUAAAAUAUUGGAAAAUCCCUAUUUUUUACCCACCCUUCUAGAGCGAGCAAAUUAAAAAAAAUUUGAUAUAUAUGCAAUUAUUAACAUAAUGAAAUAUUAACUGCCCCCCCCCUCCGUGAGUGAACAAAAAAAAUUUUGUUCACGGAGGGGGUUAAUUUUUUUUUUUUAAAAAAUUUAUAUAUAAAAUUUUAUAAAAAUAUUUUUUUUCGAAAUUUAAAAAAAUCCUAAUUCGCAAAAAUUGGAAAGCAAAAAUUAAUUUAAUUUAUAAAAUUUAUGUUUUAAAAAGCAAAUCGUUCAAAAUUAAAUAGAAUUUAGCUCUAGAUUUCAUUAUACUAAUUAUCAUUUAUAUAUCAAAUCUUUUUUCUAUAAAAAAUUUUUGUAUUAAAAAAAUUUUGUUCACUCACGGAGGGUGGGUUUUUGGGCAAAAAAUAGCGAUUUUUCUAAUGGUUUUGUUCACUCACGGAGGGGGGGGAGUAAGUUAAUUAUAAUUAAUUUUAAACAAAGUAAAUAAAUAUUGCAGACCACUUUUGUGAAUGGGAUUUUUUUACUAUAUAAUUUUUUAAAAGAAAAAACCCUCCAUGAGCUAACAAAAAUUUUUUUUUCUUUACGUAGGGAGUAAGCAACAAGAAAAAGAAUACACAAGAGGCUGAGGAUGGUAAAGAAGAAAAUCCUCAAUUAGAAUUCAAUUUAGACCUCCAGGUUCCUCAACAUGAAGAAUUGAUAUACUCCGAAGUUGGGUUCUAUAUUAAUCCACUCAGCAAUCAGCUUGUAGGAUAUCAUCCAAAAGAAUGCUCAGUAACUCAUCACGAAGUUACAAUAGGCUUAAAGAAAGACUAUAGCUUAACUCAGACAUCAAUUGGUCUAAUCAUAGUCAGCAGCAAUAAAGCUUGGCUUUGGGACACCUAUGCAUUUUCACCUAUAAGCGAUCUAAAAGUCUCUCACAAGCACCAUACGGCUUGUAUCCACAAUGGCUCCUUAGUAGUAAUUAGUGGAAAAGAUACAGUAGAAGUUGAAGCCUUGAACUUAAGAUCGCUGUCUUGGAGAUCACUUGAGCCAUUAGAAAAGCCACGAGAAUAUGCUGCUUCUUUUUCAGUAGGGAACGAUUUAUAUGUAGUUGGAGGAAUAAAAUCAGGAAAAACCUGCAGAUCAGUUAUCAGACUUAAUAGAAGAUGGGAGAAAUUAACUUUUAAACUACCCCAAAGAUUGUCAAGCCUCGGAGCAAUCGGAUUUGAAGACAGUUUCAUAAUUUUUGGAGGACUUAAUGAAGAAGGUGAGGAGAACCCCAAUGCUUGGAAAAUCAUUUAUGAAGGGAGCAUAAAAGAAUUAGGACAAACUCCAGUGAAAGGCACGUUUUGGGGACAUCAGCCAGGCAAAUUUGAUAACGAGUAUACCUACUGUACGAGAAAUGCUCGUAUCUUGUCCUAUGAUUCCAGAAGAAAGAAGUUCUAUUUGGUAUCCAUCGGCAACAAUGAUGAGAGCUUUAUAAUAAGCUAA